GUCUAACUCGAUGACAGUUGGAGAAUUGAGAAUUUUUCUAACAAGGACAAAUUGAAAAUUUAUUUCCGGUUUCUUUAUUAUAAUUAUUCCAAAAAGAUAAUGUAACAAGACGAUAAAUAUUCUUAAAAAGAAUAGAAUAUUAAUGAUAUAUUUAAAUAGAAGUUGUAAUAAAAUUAAAAUAAUUUUUUCAAUCAUAUGAAUUCUCUUUAUUGGAAUAUUUUUAUGAACUGACAAUCAAGAACAGAUUUUUCGUUUCAAUAAUAUUUUGAGAAUAAAUUGAAUCUACUGAAAUUCAAGAGACAAGAAAUUUCUUUUUUUAAAAAUGACUUCUCAAUUUGCUUCGUCCUCUAAAUCGGAAAUAAAUUUGAAAAUUUUCGUUGUGGGAGCUUCUGAUUGUGGAAUUGCGUUUGCUGAAUAUCUCACAUCACAAUCAAAAUCGACUUUUGGUAAAUUUACCAAUGUCACGUUAAUCUCAUCGAAUGGUUUGCCAUACAAGAAUAAAAAUUCUUGUUUAGAAUUAAAAUUAAUUCCAUUUAAAGGACGUUAUUGUUACAAUUACUGGCAGGUGAAUGAAGAACGAGUCACGUUUAAUAUUAUAAUUGGAACUGUAAUCGAUAUUAACAGGAAAGAAAAAUAUAUUUCAGUCAAAAAAUUAGGAAACUUGAAAUAUGAUUAUUUAAUUUUAACUUGCGGUGUUCAAUUUGAUAAACUAAAAUUUUGGAAAAAAAUAGAAGAAGAAAAAGAAGCGGAAACUCCUAUUAAUUCUCUAACAAUAAAUGACGAAAUCGAGGCAACUGUUUGCGUUGAAAUAUUACAAAAAUCGACAGACAAUUUUAAAAUUCAAAAUUCAAUAGUUUUCUACGGAAAUUGUAUCGAGUGUUUUUGCACAAUAAACGCGUUUUUGGAAAUGGGUGUUAAAGGAUCUUGGAUAACAUUAAUUGAAUGUGACAAAGUUUUUUUCCACGAUAACGAAAUUGAUGAAACUAUAAUAAAGGAAAUAAUUAAUAGAGGAGUAAAAAUUAUAUCUGAAUGGAAAAUAUUUGAUUGGGAAUUAACAACAAAUUCAAGUGGAAAUUGGAUAAUUAAAUCUUUGGAAAUCGAAUCAAAUUUAGAAAUUCAAAAAAUUCCUUGUGAUAUUCUCAUGAAUUUUAGUAGAAAAAAUAUUCAGUUGACUAAUAUUAUGGCUUUCUCACGAGCUGGACUCGUUUUUAAUGAGUUAUUAGUAAUUGAUGCAAAAAAUCAAACCAAUGAUCCUUUUAUUUUUGCUGCUGGAACUGUAACAAAAUAUUCAGGCAAAUAUAUGGUUAAUUCAAUAAAAAUGAAAUAUUUCAAUUCUCUAGAAAUUGGCGAAAAGUUUGCCAUUAAUUUUAUAAAAAUAAUGGAAUCGCGAUUAGAAGAAAAAGAAGAAUCUACAAAAUUUAACACACUUCCGAUUUUUCAAAUUCCAAAUUAUAUUUCUUGUAUUUUACCAGGUGGAUAUUAUUAUCUACAUAUCGAGAAACCAGGAGAAACAAAUAUGAUUGAUAAUUCUGAAAAAAAUUAUGGAUCUAUUUAUAAAACAGGAAGUUGCACUUCUGACAUUGGCUAUUUCAAGAUUCGUUUAAACUCUUCCGGUUUCGUUAAAUCUGUUACCUGUUGUAGUAAAAAAAAUUUCGAAAUUCAAAGACUAAAAUUCCUGUAUGAAAAACACGAAUCACUAUUAAAUCAUUUGAAAAAUCAAUUUCAAAAUUCUCUAAUAUUGGAUUUCUAUUCAUAUUUUCAAGAACCAUGGGCAACUGCUAUUUUAACUGACAAUUUUCAAAGUUUCCAAAUUAAAAAUCGAGAAAUUUUACUUUCAAAAUUUUCAGAUAGAAGUCAAUCAUUAACUGAAGAAAUUUUUAAUUUAAUCAAAGAUCAAGAUUUAUCAAAAGAAGAACGAGAGAAAAUUGAAUCCGAUUUCUUGGGAUCUGUAUAUAAAAAGGAAAUAGAAAAAAAUUUAAUUAAUUUUCUACAACUUUUUGAAAAUGAAUUUCAAAUGUAUUGCACUCCAAAAAAAGCAAGGGAAAUACUAAUGAAUUUUGAAAAUAGUCCAUUAUUUACUAGUCAGCGAAAAAAAUUUUGAAAAUUCGAUAAUAUAUUCAACUGAAGAUUUUAGGAUUAAAUUGAAAAAUUUUCUUUUAUUAUUAAAGAAUUAAAGAAUAAAUUAAAGUUUUUUGAACUUGAAAAAAAAACAGUUUGUUGAAACCAGAAUUUUGUAGAAUACC